ACCACAACCUUUUUGAUUUAAGCGAAGCACGUGAAACCCUUAUUUCGUUUCAGACAGAAGCUGCCCACUUGGGUCAGUUCGUUUAGAUAAAAGGAGAGGACGACGGUUCAGAUUCGGGAAAUCGUAGCAAUCAGCAAACAUGGCACCAAGAAAGAAGACAUCAAACAUGGCUUGGGUUAGGAAAUCACAUCAAUCAACAAAUAUGGCAGAACCUGCAACGGAAAAGAAUACAUCAUCAAUGAUGUCAGAGUCGUAUCUUCUCCUGGUUUCAAAACUGCAGCUGUCUCCGUCUCCAUCAGCAAAAAUGGCCCAACCUUCAACGAAAGAGCCCACAUUCUACACGCCAAGCUGGUCUCUUCUCCCUGAAGAGCUACUGCAUAUAAUCUCACAGAAGUUGGAGGACUGUUUCGAUAUAAUUCAUGCUCGCUCUGUGUGCCGCCAAUGGCGAUCCAUCUUCCCUUAUCCUUCUUCUUCUUGCCCAUUACGCACAACUUACUCUCUUCCUUCGUUCGACAAGUUCCCUCGCAGAAGCAGUGGCUCUUGUACCCUCGAGAAGCUCCCUACGUUCCUCUUUAGAGUCCGGUCUCCUACUAAUGCGUUGCCUUCCGAGUUUUUUGUGGGAGGAAUAAGCCAAGACAAGUCAGAGGAUCAUAUCAAGAUUCCAUCUUCUUCUAUUCAGUGCUCAGUGAAAGUGAAGAUGGGAGAAUCUGACCCGACCUUGGUGAACAUUCUCGACUGUCAGAUUCUCCCUCUGGGCUAUCAGUACAGAAUGAUCGGUUACGAUCCUGAUUCUUUAGCAACAAGAUACAGAGGCGUGGCUUUGCUUCCGCUUGACAAGGAAGGAAGAGGAGAAUUCGUCGUGCUUAUGGGGUACGCUCAUGAUUUGUUGGUGCUAAGAAGUGGUGCAAUGAGGUGGAUGCAGCUUAACAAAACCUCAAGAGCUGAUUGCAAAGAUAUAAUCACUUGUAAUGGCAAAUUCUACGUAGUAUUUAUCAACGGUGACGUUUUCGUCAUCGAUCCUUAUUCGCUGGACGCGGCUCCUUUGAUGAACUUGGAGCGUCUGACCUUGCAGAACUAUCUUGUUCCAUGUGGCGACGAUGAGCUUUUCUUGGUUGAGAGAGUCAUCGUUCGUAAUGGUGUGUUGUGUUUUAGCAAGAUGGCAUGUAGAGUGAGUAGGCUAGACGAGGAAGCUGGUGAAUGGGUGGUGGUCAACGAUUUGGGAGACCGUGUGUUGUUGAUCGGACAGCCGGGAACUUGCUCGGGAAACAGCUCGUUCUCGGCGAAGGAGCUUCCUGAUGGUUGUGGUGUGAGUGGGGACUCGAUGUUGUUCAUCACUGAGAUAUUCGACUCAACUUACUCUUAUAAAUAUGGAGUUGAUACAGGAAACCCUGAAGAUGAUCUUAGUUUUUGGAGAUCCUCAAAAGAGACUUGUGUGACGAUCCUCUGCAAAUCUCCGAUGGUGGCUCUUCGGAUUGAUUACGAAGAAAAAUCUUAAUUCUAGGAUCUGUGAUGUUUCAUGAACUCUCAUGGAUCACACGGUCAUGUGUUGUAUGAUUUUUGAUGCAUUUUGAUUGUUAUAUGAUUUCAAUACGAAAGUGACUCUGUUUUUUCAUUUGGUUUAUUUUUGAAUGUGCUAACGAGUUUUUUUGAUGAAUUCCAUUACAAUAGUUAUCCAAAA